AUGUCCCGCCCCGACGAAGAAGAACUCGUAGACUACGACGAGGCAGCCGAGGAGGCCGUCAUCGCCCCCGCCCCCACCGCCGCCGCCACCAACGGCGACAAGACGGACGCCGACAAGAAGGGUUCCUAUGUCGGUAUCCACUCCACCGGGUUCAGGGAUUUCUUGUUGAAGCCCGAGCUCCUGCGAGCCAUCUCUGACCUUGGUUUCGAGCAUCCCUCGGAAGUGCAACAGGAGUGCAUUCCCCAGGCAAUCCUCGGUACAGACGUUCUCUGUCAGGCCAAGUCGGGUAUGGGUAAGACUGCCGUCUUUGUCCUCGCCGCCUUGCAGCAAAUGCAAGUAUACUCUCUCUUUUUUUCUUUUUUUUUCGCGUCGACCCCAUCUAACACUCGGGUUAGCGAACCGGUAGACGGCGAAGUAUCCAUCGUCAUCCUCUGCCACACCCGUGAACUCGCCUACCAAAUCAAGAAUGAAUUCACCCGCUUCUCCAAAUUCAUGACCAACGUCCGCACCGGCGUAUUCUACGGCGGCACCCCCAUCUCGGCCGACCAAGAGCUCUUGGCCGAUAAGGAAAAGUGCCCGCAUAUCGUCGUCGGCACCCCGGGCAGGACGAUGGCGCUGGUGAGGGAGAAGAAGAUGAAUGCGGGCAAGGUGAAGCAUUUUGUGUUGGAUGAGUGUGACAAGAUGCUUGAACAACUUGACAUGCGCCGAGACGUGCAAGAGAUCUUUAGGGCGACUCCGCACCACAAGCAGGUCAUGAUGUUUUCGGCCACGCUUUCCAAGGACAUCAGGACGACUUGUAAAAAGUUUAUGCAGAGUCCCCUCGAAAUCUACGUCGACGACGAAACCAAACUCACCCUCCACGGUCUCCAACAAUUCUACCUCCAGCUCGAAGAACGCGAAAAGAACCGCAAACUCAACGACCUGCUCGACAAUUUGGAGUUUAACCAAGUGUGCAUCUUUGUCAAGAGUGUGCAGAGGGCGACGCAGUUGGACAGGCUUUUGCAGGAGUGUAAUUUCCCGAGUAUUUGUAUUCAUUCGGGGUUGCAGCAGGCUGAGCGAAUCUCGAGGUUCCAGCAGUUCAAGGCUUUCGAGAAGCGUAUCCUCGUCGCUACCGACAUCUUUGGUCGAGGUAUUGAUGUGGAGCGAGUCAAUGUCGUCAUCAACUAUGACGCCCCCCUCGACGCCGACUCGUACCUCCACAGAGUCGGCCGUGCCGGCCGAUUCGGCACCAAAGGUCUCGCCAUCUCGUUUGUCUCCACCGAACCCGACCAGGAGGUGUUGAAAAAGAUCCAAGAGCGGUUUACGGUCGCGAUCCCGACACUUCCAGAGACGGUGGACCCGGCUACUUAUAUGACUUCGUAA